AUGUCAAUAAGAGCCAAAAUAAAGUAUAUAGCACCGUCUGUUACGAGCAAAAAGUGCCUCCUACAAGAGAUAACCGAUAUGAAGGACGUACCUGCCGGAACUCCGUUUCAUAUAUAUCAAGAACAGAAGAAGAAUGAUUUCAAGGGCAGGAGGGAUGAUGAGGGCUUCGUAUUCCAAAACGGUGAGAGAAAGACAGCGAAGAUUGGGCGCCAAUGA